CUCACUCCCAUACACUUUGGGAGAUGUGGCAACAGCAACAUACCCCAAUAUGUUCCCUGAUUCACAGAUAGCAAAAGCCUUCCAAUGUGGCCGCAAGAAAGUAUCUUACAUCAUAUCUGAUGGCUUAGGACCAUACUUUAAAGCCAAAGUGCUUGAAGAACUUGCAAAGCCUGAGGUAUUCUAUACCGUAAUGAUCGACGAGACCCCAGUGCCCGAGAUGAAGGUGCAGCAGCUGGAUGUGCUCAUCCGGUAUUUCUCUGUUAAUGCACAAGAUGUCGUUGUAGAGCACCUUCAGUCAUUUCACAUGGGGCAUGCCACUGCAGAUGAGCUCUUCUCCUGUGUUGAAGAUGCACUUAACGAACUUCCAAAAAAUAACAUGCUCUGCUUCUUCUCUGAUGGGCCAAAUGUUAUGAAGAGCUUGAAGGGUAAAAUAAAAGCAGAACUUAGCCCCAACAUGAUUGACAUUGGGGCGUGCAGUCUUCAUAAAAUGCAUAACGCAUUUGCCACAGGUCUCAACACUUUCUGCUCUGAGAUUGAAUGUAUUGUCACUGAUAUCCAUCAGUACUUCAGAUAUGCCACAAGACAUGCGGACAUCAAGGAUCUCCAACAGAAACUUGGAUUGCUACAGCUGGAGUUCCUGCGGCACGUAAGCAGCAGGUGGCUGACACUAUUACCAAGUAUACAGCGUGUGCUUAAGCUGUAUGAUGCUUUGAAGUCUUUCUUUUCCAAGGCUGCAGAACCAAGAAAAUCCUCAUCUAUAAGGCACAAUCGCCUCGCAUCUGCAUUUUCUGACAACACGCUCCGAGCACGACUCCUUUUUGUUCAGAAUGCCGCCCAGCUCUUUGACAAGUUUCAAACCUUGUUUCAGAGCAAAGAGCCUCUUCUUCAUUUAUUUUAUGAUGAAAUAGUUGCUGUGGUCAAACAGCUGAUGGGCAGAUUUUUGCGGCAGGAGUCGUUUGUAGAUGUAACUGGUUUCCAUUUGAAGAAUGUUCAAGUUGAAUCGCAAGCUAACUGGAAAGUGAAACCUGAGCUUGGCUUAGAUACUGAGAAAGAAAUGUAGCUUUGGACACCAACUCAGAAAAAGGCUUUCUAUGUCAAGACCAGAGCUUUCUAUAUAUCCUGCACAAAGUACCUCGUCUCAAGGUUACCUUUGGACAACAAAGUGCUGUUCCACAGUAGAUUUUUGAAGCCUGGUGUAGUAGGAGACCACUACACAACGUCACUGCGCUACAUCGCGAAUGCCCUGCCACAAGUCAUGCCACCCAGCGAAGUAUCAUCUCUAACUGAUGAGUGGUUGCGCCUUUGCUGCGAAAUUUCUGACUGGGAUGUUUCAACAAAUGUUGUUGAACACUGGGUUGAUGUGUUUGCACUAAAAAUGCCCACUGGCGAACCCAAAUACCCAAGACUGGGAAGGCUCGUAAGGGCUGUUCUUUCCUUGCCGCAUGGCAACGCAGACUGCGAGAGAGGAUUCAGCGAAAACAAGCAGGCGCUUCACCAUCGAG